CCCCUCCAACAGAAAACAAGCAACCCGCCGCUCGGGCGCUCCUCCUUAUAAAUUAAACAGAAAACGCCGCACAACGUGGGAAGUCAAGACUGGCCGGCGGCCGUUAAUUACUCACGCCAGUACAAUCCUCAGUCCACUGAUCCUCGUAGCUCCUCCUCACCAGUCCGGUAGCUCCGUGGUGAAAAGACAGAUUAAUCCAGUAGAUCCCACAAAAGAACACCAAGUUAUAUUCCACACUGGUGCAGAUCCAACCUGGCAAACACUCUACGGCCUCGCUCCUCCGGCAGGUUAUUUGCUCAGGAUGGUGUGUGACAUCACUCCCCUCCCGCCGCAGGUGCACUGUCUUCCUUAAACCCAGAUACCAAUGUCCAGGUGACAGCGCCCAUGUGUUUUUUCCAACCCAAACCAAGCCCCAGAUUAAACAUCCCCAGCGAACCAAGUUUUAAAUAUUAGAAUGACAGCACAGGAACACAUUUUAUCACCCCUGCUGGGUGAAACAUGUAGGGACCUCCGUGGUCGUUACAGUAUGGCAACACCAACAAACUCAGGCUCCCCUUCCACUCAGUCAGGGAGGAGUUUAUUGUAACACGGGCACAGGAACACCUGCAGUACUCUAGAUCCAGAGAUGCCAAAGUGUCCGGGGCAGAGAUUGUCGUGAGGACAGGGAGAAAGUGGAGGGCAUCCGAUGCGGUCGAGCAAGCAGAGUCAUGGCUAAAGCACAAGGCUAUCUUGGGGUCAGUGGCACAUGGCAGGGCUGGACUUGGGAGCCAACCAGUGAGUCGUUUCAACUGUGCCAGUGGAAGAGAGAGGCAGAGGUUGGUGCAGGAAGAGGUGCGAGCCACAGUCAAGUAAGAGUGAACCAGCAUAGCAGUGGCCAUGCGAAAGCAGGGUGCCUGGAUGAAGUGGGAGCAGGCGAUGGAGCGAAGACUCACCUGGAAGAACCUCUGGCAGUGGAAUGCUCAGAGGAUCAAGUUCUUGAUCCAGGGGUUAUAUGAUGUCCUCUCAAGCCCAUCCAACCUCCACACAUGGGGCAAAAUAGAGACAUCUGCAUGCCCCCUGUGUUCCAAAACAGGCACGCUGGAACACAUCCUGAGCAGCUGCUCCAAGGCGCUGAGCGAGGGUCAGUAUCGAUGGAGGCAUGACCAGGUCCUCAAAUCCAUCGCGGAGGCAAUUAACAAGGGGAUCAAGGACAGCAGAUAAACCCAAGCUACAGCCAAUACCAUCUGCUUUUUCAGGGAAGGACAGAGACUGGAGAGAGUACCUAAGGACUGCUCGGCGGGUUUGCUCUCCACGGCCCGAGACUGGGGGAUGACAGUUGACCUAGAGAGGCAGCUGAAGAUUCCACCACAAAUCACCCAGUCCAAAUUGAGACCAGAUAUCAUCUUGAUCUCAGCCACAAAACAACUCUUCCUCCUGGAACUUACGGUUCCAUGAGAGGAGAGAAUGGAGGAGGCCCAGGAAAGAAAGAGGGAGAAGUACCAGGAGUUGGUGGAGGACUGUCGGAGGAACGGGUGGAAGACCAGGUGUAUGCCAGUGGAGGCAGGCUGUCGGGGGUUUGCGAGCUACUCCCUGAGCAAAGCCUACAGUGGUUGUAGUGGGGGUAGCAUGCCACUUGGACACAGGCUGAGAAUUGAUCACCUCGGUCGGGUCGCCUAGAGGAGGGUGUCUGUUGCAAGACCCGAAACACCCGAUGAAUCUACAAUACAACACUGGUGAUGUGUCCAAGUCUGAGCAUCAGUAAAUGUAUUGUUAACCGAAAUGUGAAAAUUUACAAAGCCCAAUCAUACACAAAAAAAUUAAAUAUAAUUUAAAUAUAAAUGUAGGACAGCUAUAAUUAAGUAACAUAUAUAAAUUAACAGACACAAUGAAAUAUAAUUUAAAUGUAAAUUUAGGACAGAUAUAAUUAAAUAACAGAUAUAAACUAACAGAUAUCAGUUAAGUAUAAUUUACAUAUAAAUCUAAGAGAAGCAUAAUUAAAUAAAUUAUUAAAUGAAAAACAGAUAUACACUAACAGAUAUAAAUUAUAUAUAAUUUAAAUACAAAAUUAAGUAAAACGUUGAUAUUUAAUGCAGGUGUCAAAGAAGCUCCCCAGAAUGGCAGGUUUUGAUUGUGUGUUGAUUGCUUUUAUAUCUUAUUUAAUAUUUUUGUGGAGAAGACACGCAGCUUCCGGUGUCUUUAUUUUGUAGGUUCUGACCGGAAGUAGUGUGGUUUUCCCGGGGCUUGGCACGCGGUGCUGAUGCAGUGACGUCGCGGUAGCAUCCCAGCUGUUAGCCGCUCCGGCGGAUGGAGCGGAGCUCGUGAGUUUUACCUUCUCGUUCUAUCAUUUCGUCGUUUUACCGGCGCCGGGCGGCGCGAGCAGCCUGCUGAGUGAAGCCGAGAGAAGCUUCUGGAGCCGGACUCGCGUCCUUAUCUCCGGGGCCGGACGGCUGAACGCGGGCCAGCCGAGCCAUCUGACGGCUGAUAACCGCCCCACCAGCGGCCGGGCGGGGGGCAUGUGAGGGCGGCCCGGGCCUCGGACUGACGCCGCGCCGCUCCGCGGGGGAGACAUGAACGCGCCGCUCGGGAGGAGGGGCCUCGUCGGGCUGGCGGUGGGACUGGGAGCCGCGGCCGGCCUGAGCUUCAUCACGUUCAUCAUUUACCGGGCGGUCAGCCGGAGGAGACGCCUGCGGCUGGCCGGGACAGAGGCCGCGAGGCCGGCCGGGGAGGGGACCCCGCGUCCCGCCGCGCUCCGGAGGCUGGAGGCGGCGGACGGAGCGGCGCUCCUCCGCGACGUGCUGGACGCUCAGGAGGGCGAGGCCCAGGCCCAGGCUCUGGCCGCGGUGGAGGCGGCGGUGCAGGGUCUGUCCCCGGAGCACCAGCUGGAGCUCCGGAACCAGCUGGACCAGGUCCUGAGCUGCGUGUCCUCGCUGCGCUCCGAGGUGGCCGAGCUGAGGGGAGGCCUGCAGGACAUCGCCCUGCAGAUCAUCCAGGACGUGAAGAAGGGGGUGGAGGACAGCCAGCGGCUGCGCCGGCGCCGUCACGUCCUCCACAGGGAGCGCACCGACUCCACCAGCUCCAGCUCCAUCUACUUCACGGCCAGCCAGGGAGCCGCCAGCGCGUACGAGGAGACCAGCGAGGGGGGAUACUCCACGGCCUACGCGGAGUCGGACUACACGGAUCGAGAGACGGACAGAGAGGAGGGAGAGCAGGAGAACGAGCAGGAUUCUGACGAGGAGGAGGACCAGAGCUGUGCGACCGUCGUCACGCUGCGUCUGGGAGAGGAGGAGGAGGAGGAGGAGGAGGAGCGAGGCCUGGAGGAUCAGGAGGAGGAGCAGGGAUAUGAAGAAGCCAAGCCGCCGCGGAGCCCGGGUCCCAGCGGGGAGCUGGCCCUGCUGCUGGCUCAGAGCGACGUCCUCCACACUGGAGACGCCAGCUUAAAGGCGGAAGGCUACCGGCUGCUGCUGGAGAACAGGGAGGAGUACGGGGAGAGCAGGGAGUUCCUGUGGCGGCUGGCUCGAGCCUACAGAGACAUGUACGAGUGUGCAGAGGGACCCCAGGACAAGGUCAUGUACGGACAGCUAGGUCGAGAGGAGGCGGAGAAGGCCCUGCAGAAGAACGGUUUGACUGCAGAGUGUCACAAAUGGUUCGCGCUGGCGACCGGCCUGACCACGCAGCACGAGAGCUUACACGGCAAAAUGAAGAGCACCAAAAUCCUGAAGGAGCACCUGGACCGAGCCCUGGCCCUCCGAGACGACGACCCGGUGGUCUUCUACCUGCUGGGCCGCUGGUGCUACGUGGUCGCCACCAUGGACUGGCUGGAGAGGAUGGGGGCCAGCACCGUCUACCAGAGCCCCCCCAGCGCCACGCUGCACGACGCCCUGCGCAACUUCCACAAGGCCGAGGAGCUCAGCCCCGGGUUCUGCAGGAAGCUCCGCCUCUACAUCGCCAAGUGCUACAAGGAGCUGGACGACCAGUACGAGAGCUCUCGCUGGACCGAGCUGGCUCUGAGGACCAGCAGCAGCACGGAGGAUGACGAAGAGACUCUGGAGCUGCUGACUCAGCUUCGGCCCUCGGAGAAGAAGCCGUGACCACGUCCUGCAGAACCACGCUUCCUGGUUCCCUCGUAGCGUUCUGAGUGCCGUCUGUGGUGUUUAACCUGUGUUUGAGAUCAUUACCUGAACUGAGGAACCUUCACUUCAAUUAACUUUAUUCAUAUCAGCACCGGAUACAGCAGUCGUUUCAGGGCCGGUCCAGGGGCCGGUCCAGGGGUCAAUCCAGGGGUCAGUCCAGGGCCCGGUCCAGCUGGCUCACACACCGUUUCCGGAGCUUCAACAGCACAAGUUGUUUAGAAGCUGCGGAGUUCCGCCUCAGAUGUCCUUCAGUGUUUGUUUUGUGAAGACACUCGAUUACCGUAGCUGUAGUGAGUCACCGAUGGAUUGAUUUGAUUUGAGCUGUGAAGACUUUGAUAUUUAUUGACCUGCUCUGUGAUCCUUUUCUAACUUCAGUUUGUGUUUUUGGUUCAUUUUGCAGUGAAGCAGAAGUGAGAUAUCACAUAUACGUAUUUAAUAUUUUUCUUAAUAAAAUCUUUGCU